UGUAUAUUGCUGAAAAUGUGUUAGGAGAAUAAACAAAAAUGAUUUCUUCAACAAGAUGUUUCCGAAAACUUCUUUUUCUUCUUUUAUUUAUCAUGUUGGCAAACAAAUCGCCACUCAGAAAGUUCAAACUAUUUCAUCAUUCUAAGAAAUCAAAAGUAGAUCCUGUCAAAGAAAGUAUCUCCUUGGAAGAUUUAGCCUCUCUUGUUAGAAAAUUAUCUGUUCAAAUUGAAGAUUUAGAGACAAAGAGUCAGACAGAACAAGAAAACAAAAAGGCAUUAAACCAUACCAUAAUUGACCCGUGGGCUUCUUGUGUACCUCAAAAUUAUGCUGGUCUAUUGCAACGAUUAGAAGAUGUGGAUAUGCUCCAAAAAUGCCCUAAUGAGUGUUGUGCCAAUAUAGGUACAGUAGGUUCAGCAGAAGGUAUACCAUGGCCAAAGCCAAUUGAGCCUUUUCAGACAACAAAUCAAGAUAUCCUAGAUACCCAGUAUGCUCAUUGGUGUACAUUAAUGCGUUGUUUACCUCUUAUGGAUGCAGUCACAUCAGCUCAUGUCAGGACAAUAGGACUUUAUGCGUUGAGGGAAAUUUUAAAAUCAAAAGCCAAUCAAAAGCAGGAAACCACCUGUUUUGCUGAUGAACCGACAACAACCAAACUAAGAGAAUCUAUGAAUUGUCUUGCAGAAAAUCCCACACUUCAUUAUAUCAAUACAGCUCUGCCACACCCUCCUCCACCACCACCUGUACCACCAAAAGAGACAACAACGCCAUUGCCUUCCGAGUUACCCUCACCUCUCUUGACUCAUAAUCGAUUCAACAAAUGGCUCAAAUAUAAGAAACUUCAUAAAAAGACAAAUACAGACACAGCUACAACACCUAUGCAUCAAUCGCAGACAUUAAGAAAGAUUGGUUCAUGGUUUUUUUAGUCCUUUCCGCGGAACAUAACAACCCGAGGAAGAAAAAAAAAUUAGUUGAACCAAUUAGAAAUCAUGCAAGAGGAUCGACAUGGUUUCUUAUUGGUAUUUCAGUCAGGAACAUAAAAAAAGGGGAUAGAAAACUUGCUUUAAUUCACUUGUCUCUUCAUCAUAAUAAACUUACCAUCAUAAGCAAGUAGAAAAUAG